UUAGACCUUAAUGGUAUCCUCAGAUUCUUUCAAAAGUUUUUAGUUCUCGAUUUCUAAACUAAAUUAGCAAAUCAUCCUGGCGUUUGUCGGUUUAUUUUGCCAGUUAUCGUCAAGUAGAAGAAGGAACAUGGUGACACUGGUAGUAGCGACAACGAUUGAUCCAGCCUCCAUUGGUCCUGCUUCUGCUUUGUUAUCCAUGCCCGGUUGGCAUCCUGGUCCUCCCUUAAAGGAUAUUCCGAGUUAUGUAAAUGGGCAAGUGAGAUUAUUAAAACAUGAUAAUAGCAUUGUAUCCGAGGAUCAUCUAGAUAAGCGUUGGGAAGAAUCAACUGGGGAAGUUGUCGACGACGUUAUAUUUCUCAGUAAACAUACCGCUGUUUCCAAUCGUCCUGCCCUAACUGUUCAUCCUAUUGGCAUACCACAUUUACGCGAAGGUGAAGUGUCGAAUUCUGGAGGUAAACCAGGAUGGGCGGCACCUCCGAAUCCACGGAUUGCUUCGUGGUUGAGGCUCUUGAAGAAAAUUGCUCAGGAGCAUAAUCUAAUUCCUGAAUUUGAGAUCACUAUGGAGGCUACUCAUCAUGGACCUGAGAUCAAUUCGCCAACCAUGUUCGUGGAGAUUGGUAGUACGGAGGAGUACUGGAAGAGGCAAGAUGCUGCUCAGGCCAUUGCUCAAUUAGUGUGGGAAGGACUAGGCCUUGGUGGAGCUGGUGAUAUUGGAAAUUGGAACAAAAAUAACGAUAAAAAGAAGGUGCUUCUUGGGCUAGGAGGUGGACAUUAUGUACCCAGACAUAUGGACAUUGUUCUGAAAGAGGACAGUGUUUGGGUAGGACACCUGCUAUCUGGAUAUUCUUUGCCAAUGGAAGAUCCAAAACAAACGAAUGACGGAAAAGAGGUAAAUGGUAUUGGCGGAACUUGGAAACAAGCCAUUAAAGUCUCAUAUGAUGCUACUUGUUCAGCUUUCCCUGGCGGAGAAAUUAUGGCUCAUCUAGAUCAAAAGAGUUUCAAGAGCUGGCAAAAAAAUGCCAUUACAAGUUUCUUGAAUGAACAGAAUAUAAAGAUUGGCAAACCAAGUGACUUCAGUUAAUAUUCCUGGACCUGCAUUACAGGAGAUAGUUGCAUUUUUAGUUGCUCUUUAUGAUUUUCCUAUAGCAAUAUAUUCAUUGGAUUAUCACAAUCUCAUUUGUAACCGCACCAAGGGUUUAUUUAUAAGGCCUGAUAUCAGCUUUCAGGAAAGACGGGUCCAUGGCAGAUUGCAGUGCUUUAACUGUUCUAAAUUGAUUCUUACAAUUUUUUUAGUAAGGUAUUAGACUGUAAGGGUGUUUAUCUACUGCGAAUUUUUUUUGAAAUAGUUUUGCAGAUCGUUUUAUAAUUAUUUUGUCUUCUCUUUCGCUGAA